AUGGCUAAUGUCACCGACCAAGCAAGCGCCGAUCCGCUUCUUCGUCUGCGUCAGUCGAUUGCCGCCAACAGUCCGCCUGUGCCCACAAAAUCGGCCGACGCAGAUGCUUCUGCCUCUGACGCGGUCCCAAGCAUCGCCACUGCUACACAUUUACUUUUUUCCAAGCCUGAUCGCAAAGCCUUUCCGCUGGAUACGCCGACGCGGUUCGUGCCGUCUGGCGAGCCCGUCGACCUGCGAAGCAUCUAUUUUGCAUGGCAGAAAAAGGACGUUGCUAUUCCCGACUACAUUGCCUCAGCGCAGCGACUCAAUGAGGAAUUAGGUGGAUCCGGCGGUGCGGGCGGCAAAGUUCGCAACCUCGUCUUUGUCGAAAGAUUAGAUCUCAUCACUUGGCUUGAAGGCGCGUCCGAAGAGAGCGAAUACAUCAAGCCACUGGCCGGAGACUCUGCUGCAGCAGCGGCCGCUGCCGGAUCCUCGGCAGAUGUUGCAUCUGGCGCAGCCGGUGGAAUUGCGCCCGUCCCCAGCGGAGCUCCUGGCGCGAGUCUUGCCGCCGGCCCAGGCGGUCGGCCGGUCAAGACUAUUGACCCCAGACUGGCGGAGAUUUAUCGCGGGGAGAGAAGAAUGGGAGAUAGAAAUACCAUCCUGAGAGGAAUCAAGCCGACUGAAUUCUCUCACGUUCGCAAAGCCGCCGAAUCCUUUCUCGCGCGGGCCCGCAGCGCUCGAGCCGGCGCCGGCGCAUCUGGUACUCACCCGGCAAUCGCAUCCUCUACCGCCGCGGCAUUGGGUCUACCCGGCAGUCUAUCGCAGCCGAGUCUCGUGUCGCUGCCCUCGAAGCGUGGAUCGGGCCGCCGCCCUGAGCCGAUCAUUCUCCUAUCCCCCUCUGCCUCAUCUCUGCUUCGGAUGAGCAACAUCAAAUCGUUCCUCGAGAGCGGACUGUACAUCCCCGCGGACUCUGCGCUGGCCGGGUCGUCGAAUACGGCGAAUAUCUUGCACAUUUCGCGCCUCCUUCCGUCCAUUGAUGCGCAGCGUCCCAUGCGAUUCAUUCUGGUUGAUACCCCCGAGCAGUUCAAGCCCGAUUACUGGUCCCGUGUUGUCGCCGUCUUCACGACCGGCCAGGCCUGGCAGUUUAAAUCUUACAAGUGGCCUUCCCCGCCGGACCUCUUUCGAAAUGUCCUCGGCAUCUAUAUCGGCUGGAGAGGCGAGGACGUGCCCUCGUCUGUCAAGGGUUGGGGGCGUGGCGUCAUGAAGACCCAGGUCGACAAGUGGAAUAAUCAUUUCGGCGUCCAGGGAAGAUGGAGAGACAGGGAGGUCGUAGAGGAGAUUUGGCUGGCCAUUGAAGAGAGUAUGCGUGCAAAGGGCUGGACCAGGGACGCUGGACCCGCGAUGAGAUAG